CUUGUUUCUCUUUGUCUCCGUCUCUCAGCUCGUAAGCAGGAGAUCAUUAAAGUGACCGAGCAGCUGAUUGAAGCCAUCAACAACGGAGACUUUGAGGCCUACACGAAGAUAUGCGAUCCCGGCCUGACGUCCUUCGAGCCCGAGGCCUUGGGCAACUUGGUGGAGGGCACAGACUUUCACCGCUUCUACUUUGAGAACGCUCUGGCUAAGGGGAAGCAGCCCAUCCACACCAUCCUGCUCAACCCCCACGUCCACCUGAUCGGAGACGAGGCCGCCUGCAUCGCCUACAUCCGCCUCACCCAGUACAUCGACGGCAGCGGCAUGCCUCGCACCAUGCAGUCAGAGGAGACGCGCAUCUGGCACCGCCGCGACAGCAAGUGGCAGAACAUCCACUUCCACCGCUCCGGCUCGCCCACCGUGCCCACCAAUUGAGACGACCACCCCGGACCAUCAAAACCCUCCAGCCUACAGCAGUCAACUGACUACACCCCGCCUCUCAUGUGUCCAUCAAACCCCUAAGCCAAUCCCAAUCCCCGCCCUCAUUUGCUAGAGCUCCGCCCUCAGUGUGUUGUUUACAUAUUGUCGCUGCUGGACUGAAGAUUAUUGUACAUGUUGAAAAAAAAAAAAACAACUAGAGGGAGAAAAGUUCAAGUCUUGACAAUAUCAUUUUUAGUGAGAGUGUGUGGUUGUUCAUAUCAGGAUAUCUCCAAUAUCUCCAUCAGCAUGUUUUAUUACUGAGAUGGUUUUUUUUUGUUUGUUUAUUUUGUUUUUUUUAGAUCAGUACGUUUUAAAUAGAAGUGGAUUCCACAGGAGCCACUCCAUUCAUUUACUGGGCUGGUGUAACAUGUGAAACUCCCAGUCACCACGUAGUACUUUUUUUUCAUUUGAACAUGACACAUAUUGAGCUAUUGUGAUGUUUUUUGCCUUUUUUGGCACGGUGACCAAUAUAUGACAUAUCUGCUUUUUAUUCCUGUAUCUUUUCAGAACUGCCAUCUAUUGAAGCUCAAACACAAGCUCGCUUUGUUUUGGUGAUGUAUAAGUUUUGGUAAUCGACGUAAAUCGCUCUCUUCGCUUGACCUGUAGCAGCAUCCGUAUGAACUGAGUUGACUAGUUUUCCAGAUCCGUCUCUCUGGUUUUGACGUUGGAGCUAACUGUGUUUACUAGGAACUUUAACUACAUGUUUAAAAGGGAAAAUCAAGUGAAACAUGUUUUUUUUGGUUUGUUUUUUUGUCUGUUUCCAUCAUCACAGGGCAGCAUGUACGAAGAGCCUCUUAUGAUAGAAUGUAAACUGUAGAAAUAGACUUGUUUAAAGGCCAUUCUGUGACUGUGACCAGUCAAAUCAUAUUUUCAUACAGUAAGGAGCUAAUCAUGUGAAUUUUGUCACUUUGUUUUGUUUACGUUUUCUAUCGUGAUAUCGACGCCCGUCCCUCCGCUUGUCACCAUCACUUUCCUUUUCGUCGUCACCUUUACUCUGCGUUCGACCGGUGUACGCCAACAUUUUACAGCACCACGUCGCACGCCGGACAAGUAGAAUUCCGACAUUCACACUGACACAAACGCCCCGUUUCAGCUCAGCUGUUCAGUUUUUUGUUGGAGUAUUUGUGAAAUUACUGAGCAGUAAGUCACCAUUGUCAUUCUACUUCUGCCACUGGGAAAAGGUGUUUUAUAUCUAUAUUAAGACUCACAUUUGAAAACACAGAUUAGGUUGUUGUGAAAUGUUUGUUUUGGGGGAAAUUGAAUUGUAGAAUCUGAGAAGUUACGGUUAAAGAUAAAAACCACAAAGUUCCGUUGUUUAAUCACACUUGUCCAUCACACUUUGUUUUUAUCUUUCUAAUCUACAUUGAACUUCCUGAUGGGAUGCUGGUAUUUAAUGUUACCAUGACAGGACAAGCCUGAUGUAUGUUUAAGAAAUCUCUAAUAAAAUGUGUGAUUUAUGCCAAAUGA